CGGGCGGCCGAUGUCGAGACGGCCCGCUUGGCACUCGCACCCACAAGGCAGAGCUCGUUUGGCGGAAACAACAGUGGUCCUUCCGCGGAGGCCUGUCGCAAUCCUGCGCUGCGAGAUGGCGACAUAUCCAGGCAUCCGGGAGUUCCCCUGCCCAGCUCCUGCGCAACAGUGACCCGAUGGUUGGAGCUGCACGGGCCACGGCGCCUACGCGGUACAGAAUGCUCAGGCGGUCAGGCCAGGGACGAGACGGCCCUGGUGUCCGGCACGGCACGAUCUCGGCGUGUAUCCUCGCCUGGUCGCAUCAUUACAGGUCUUGGCCACCAAGGCCCUUCCCCACGAAUGUCGAACCCUGCCAAGUCCGCGUCACCAACGGCCACGGAAACAUGGUGCGUUUGUCAAGGUGGAAGCUCGCGCGUGUAGAGUCCAAGGCAGUGCAACAAGGAGCCCUGGUGCGAAAGACACCACUGACAGAAGGAGCCUCGCAUUCGUGGCAUGAAAGCAGCUCAUGACCUCGGCUCCGCGGACAGACGCCAUCACUCGCACACGCAUGAGCCCUGUUCCAAGCUCCGCAAGCCAUACCACGGCCUUGGUGCCGAGGAAAAUGUGCUACGCCAUAGUCCUAUACCGACAUCCCCGCCAGAAAUCCCGGCCUGGGAGAAUCAGGACGCGGUCGUCACGUCAAAUACUGGGACCCUUUGCUCAAGGCCGGGCCCAUGGCACCGCUUGGUGAAUAACAUGAGGAAGAGGAACACAAACCUGCGGCCUGGCCUUAUAGGGUCCACACUCACAAGCAAGUGCAAGUUCGUUUACGAUCGGAUGCAAUCAAGCAGCUCCUGGCGAAAGACGGAGACUUACGGCCAACCUGGGCGCCAGCCAGGCCAGAUAUCCAGAAAGCAUGUCGCCUGGUUCCAGCCCCGUGGCAAGGAGGCAUCUUUUCGAGGUGGGUUCUGCAAUCUCGAAGAAAAUGCCACGCAUGGCCACCAGAUGUGCCGGAAUGCACAGCGCGAGUCGUGAGCUGCCCUUAUCUGAAAGCCAUGAAGGACGCUCUAGGGAGUGUCCCAGCCCCUGCUGCAUCAGGACCCUGCCGCCAGGGGACGGAAUGGAGGUGGAGGUCCGUUCGUGUUCGCAACCCAAGAGCCUGCCGCCUUGGCCGUUGCCUGCCGCGGCAAUAGACAGGGCUACCGUCUGGCCAAUCUUCGAAGGCGUGCGUCUCUGCAAAGGAAUCCUGCACGCACGAGCUGCGCUCCCGCAUCUGCAAUGCUGCCGCUGGCAUCUCAGGCUUGCCUUUGUGGCUUCGGGCAUCCCUCCCCACUCUGCAUAGCCAGCCACUCCCAUGCCGCCCCGUCCCCUGAUUCGUUGUUAGUCUCCAGUGUCUAGGGCUUGCGGCGAUGUGACUGACACAUGACUAAUGCAGCCCCCAACAACGUUCAGGGACACUAGCUCCGGAUUGGUUCAGCUCACCCGCUUGCGAC